GUCCCACUGAGCGGCUCUCAAACUUCAGUGUCGAGUCUGAAAGCGGAGAGCAGAGAGCCGACAGACAGGCAGAGUCGCAGCUAACCAGCCUUUUUGGACCCGCAACAAACGCGCAAACGGCCUCUUCGAUAUCUGCCUUUUAUCAAAAGGUUACUAACGGUCGGUUCGAGGAUUUACACUCAGCUUUCGGUGUUUGAUUUUGAUGAUUUUCCUCCAUUGUUUUUUUCGAAGUUUUCGACUGUCACGUCUUAGCUACGGACCUUUAUCUCGACUGUCUGUGGGAUUAAUCGUUUCAAUUCAACGCUAAAUAAUUGAACUCUUAGCUAGGCUACUUUCUGCGUAAGUCUGUUUUUUUUUAGGGGGGGUGUUUUUUCUAACGGAGCGAUAACGGUAAAGGCAACAUUUGGACCUGCCUUCGCCAUGGGGAAAUAGCGGGGGUCUCUCUCUAACCGACCCCGUGGUUGUUUUUGUUUUUUUUUACCUUUUCAUGCUACUUUUUUUUAAAAGACAGAGCUUCGUUUUUGACUAAAACAAUGAACAUGGAUGGUUGUCCGCUGAAGGUGGUGGUUUUUCUGUGGUGUCUGCUGGUGAUUUCUGGCUCCAGCUUUGAGAUAGGCUCCUACGACCUGGAGCGAGGCAGACCGGCCAAGUGCGAGCCCAUCGUGAUCCCCAUGUGCGAGGGGAUCGGCUACAACCUGACCCGGAUGCCCAACUUCAUGGACCACGACGACCAGAAGGAGGCUGCCAUCAAGCUGAACGAGUUCGCCCCUCUGGUGGCUUAUGGCUGCGAUGUGCACCUCCGCUUCUUCCUCUGCUCCCUAUACGCCCCCAUGUGCACGGACAAGGUGUCGACCUCCAUCCCCGCCUGCAGACCCAUGUGUGAGCAGGCCAGGGAGAGGUGUGCCCCCAUCAUGAAGAAGUUCAGCUACACCUGGCCGGACUCGCUCGACUGCUCCAAGCUGCCCACCAGAAACGACCCCAACGCCCUGUGCAUGGAGGCCCCCGAGAACGAAACCAGGACAGAGGGCAAGAAAGGUGAAGGCAUGCUUCCGGUGCCCCCGCGCCCCAGGCAGCCAGGCACCGGCAGUGGUCGCUCUCCAGGCAGCGUGGGCUCCUGUGAGAACCCAGACAAGUUCCAGUUUGUGGAGAAGAGCCAGUCGUGUGCCCCACGCUGCUCCCCUGCUGUAGAUGUCUUCUGGUCCAGGCAGGACAAGGACUUUGCCUUCAUUUGGAUGGCGGUGUGGUCCAUCCUCUGCUUCGUCUCCACUGCCUUCACCGUCCUCACCUUCCUUUUGGAGCCUCACCGCUUCCAGUACCCCGAGCGCCCCAUCAUCUUCCUCUCCAUGUGUUACAACGUCUACUCGGUGGCCUUCAUCAUCCGCUCAGUGGCCGGGGCUGAGAACAUCGCCUGUGACCGGGAGCACGGAGAACUGUACAUCAUCCAGGAAGGGCUGGAGUCAACAGGCUGCACCAUCGUCUUCCUCAUCCUCUACUACUUUGGCAUGGCCUCUUCUAUCUGGUGGGUCAUCCUCACCCUCACCUGGUUCCUGGCUGCAGGGAAGAAGUGGGGCCAUGAGGCUAUCGAAGCCCACAGCAACUACUUCCACAUGGCUGCGUGGGGCAUCCCGGCUCUGAAGACCAUCGUCAUCCUCACAAUGAGGAAGGUGGCUGGAGACGAGCUGACGGGGCUGUGCUACGUGGGAAGCAUGGACUCCGGGGCGCUCACCGGCUUCGUCCUCAUCCCUCUGUCCUGCUACCUGAUCAUCGGCACAUCCUUCAUCCUCACGGGCUUCGUGGCUCUCUUCCACAUCCGAAAAGUGAUGAAGACGGAGGGCACCAACACAGAGAAGCUGGAGAAGCUCAUGGUGAAAAUCGGCAUCUACUCCAUCCUCUACACGGUGCCGGCCACCUGCGUCAUAGUCUGCUACUUCUACGAGAGGCUUAACAUGGACUACUGGAAGCUGAGGGGGCUGCAGAUGAAGUGCGGGUCGUUCAACGGUCUCAGCAGCGACUGCUCGCUGCAGACGUCUGUGCCCACGGUGGCCGUGUUCAUGCUGAAGAUCUUCAUGUCGCUGGUGGUCGGCAUCACCAGCGGCGUGUGGGUGUGGAGCUCUAAGACCCUGCAGACCUGGCAGGGCCUGUGCAGCCGGAAGCUGACAGACAGGACUAGAAGUAGAAAACCCUGCAGUGGCGUCAGCUGCGGCAGCACACACUGCCACUACAAAUCUCCUGCUGUGGUUCUGCACAUGGCCAAGACUGACCUGCACUCAGACAACCCCACACAUGUCUGAGAGGGAGCAUGACACACACACACACACACACACAUACACAUGCGCACACACACUGCCAAAUGCAACCACAUACAGUCACUAACACACCUAUGCCCUGAAUAAGGAGCUGCUAAAGACUUUGUAAAAAGAUGAGUGGUUGAAUUGAACUGUCAGUUGCUGCUCUGCUGCUGCCGAGGGAUUCACAGGUACAGGCGUCACUAUGAGAAACUAUCUAUAAACAGUAUUCAGUGCAUAAAGGGAAAUGUUCAGUAUUGUUACCCAUAUUUUUUUCUGAUUCAUAGUGUUCUGUGCAGUAGACAUGCCCCAGUGUUUCAAAGCAACAAAAAAAAAAAAAAAAGAGAGACUGUUAUGGGAGGUAUCAUGGGAAAUAUUGUCCUCCCUGAGAGCGGCAUGAUUAACUGUAUAAAUCUGUAUAAAUGUUUUAUUUAUUGUAAAUAGAUUUAAUUUAAAAUUGUAUCUUAUCAGAUUUGUUGUUUAGAUGCAUUUAUUAAAAGGUAAAGGGAAAUGAAGUGCCUUUUAUAAGAAUUCUGGUUCUGGCCUUUUUGGAGGAAAAUAAAUUUGUGAAAUUCAUGUUCAACUUUUGCUGACUGGUGUUACUGUUUGUUACUAUCUCACAGUAGCUUAUAAUGGAUAUGUAACCAUUUGAACAGUCUAAAACUGUUUCAGAUUUAAUAAGUCACAAAAUCAUUGCUCAUUUCAUUCUUGUUUUCCUGCCAUUCUUCUCCAGGGAUUUGCCCAAUUUAUAUUUUUACGGCGGGGCUCCCCGCCAAAUGUGUUGUCUUCCAAGUGCAUGCUACACAUCCCAGAGGCGUCCCCAACAAUAAUCCUCAAAGAGAAUCACUGAUGAAUAGCAAGUAUUCAUGUUUGCACCACUGUCUUAAAAAUGCAGGAGCGGAGGAAUAUAUUUAAUUAAUGUCUGUUUUAAUCCUUCCACAAAAAUCAUUGUUGUUGCCCUCUCGCUGCUCCAUCUAAUCCCUGUGCAAACACUCAGCCCUUUGAUCUGAGACGACGAAUCUGACGUGGAUUUCAGCCUUAUUGCAUGAUUUCGCUGACAGUUUCACAGGCACUCAAUAUUGCGGUUGCUCAUUGAGUAGAUGGAUUAUUCACUUAAUGUUUAAGUUGUGGUUUGUGGCUAUUGGAAGCUGUAUUUUUGGUAUAAAUAAAGGGAAUUCCACUGUAUAAAAGAUCCAAAUUCCCAUGUUUAACUGUUUGAAUUUGAUGUACUGCAAGGCAUUUUGUUUGGCUAAAGAAACAAUGCAACUAUAUAUACCAUAGAUAUAAAUAAUCACUGACUGUUUAAGAGAAAAAGUGUGCAUAACAUUAUUUUUAUUAAAUAAAUACCCUAAGUUGGGUCUUGCAACUAACAUUUCAGUAAUAAAGUCCAUUUUAAUAUGCACAAGA